AUGAUUUUGACGUAUUGGUGAUCAGUUUUUGUAUAGACUGGCCACGUUGCUUUAUGAACGGUUGGCUAGUUUGAGAAAUUAUUUUCUAUGUAAAAAUAGUAAUAACUUUACGAAAAAUCUUUGAUCCGAUGUUCUUAUUGUAGACACAUGUAUACAUCUCGUAUGAUAAGUAGACAUAUAGUGAGAAUUUUGUAAUUAUGUUAAGUAAUCUAACCAAAGUUUUUACUUAUAUUCAUCAGUCUGUAAGAGUAUUAAAUAAAUCGCAUAUCACUAAAAUUGAAGCAACAUUCUAUCAAAUAACUUCAAGCCGAUUUUCUACAACGGAGUUAAAGAUACGUUUAAAAGCAGAACAGAAAUUAAAUGAAAAAGCAGUAAAAGAAGCAGAAAAGGUUACAAAAGAAGUUGAAAAUGCACAAACAAAGAAGAUUCCUGUUAAAACUCUAGAGAAAAAGCCUAUUAAAGAAGAAGAAAUCAAUCCAAAUGAAUAUUUUAAGCUGAGAACUCAAGCAAUUGAACAACUUAAAGCUGCAAAUGAACAUCCAUAUCCACAUAAGUUUAAUGUAUCAAUUUCAUUAGAAAAUUUUAUUGAAAAGUUUAGUUCUGUUGUAAAAAAUGGAGAAAUUCUUGAGAAAGAAAUUUAUAGCAUAGCUGGUCGUGUACAUGCAAUACGAGAGUCUGGAGCCAAACUUAUUUUUUAUGACCUUAGAGGAGAGGGUGUUAAAAUACAAGUAAUGGCAAAUGCAAGACAUUAUGAAGGAGAAGAUAAAUUUGCUAAGGACACAUUCAAAAUUAGGAGAGGCGACAUAAUCGGCGUAAUUGGAAAUCCUGGAAAAACCAAAAAAGGAGAAUUUUCUAUUAUGUCAAAAAGUAUUACUCUUCUUACACCUUGUUUGCAUAUGUUACCGCAUCUUCAUUUUGGAUUAAAAGAUAAGGAAACAAGAUACCGUCAACGUUAUUUAGACCUUAUUUUAAAUGACAGAGUGCGACUAAUAUUUUACAUUCGAGCGAAAAUAAUUGCAUAUGUGCGUAAAUUUUUGGAUGAAUUAGGUUUCUUAGAAGUUGAGACUCCUAUGAUGAGUAUGAUAGCUGGAGGUGCUACAGCCAAACCUUUUGUAACUCAUCAUAAUGAAUUAAAUAUGGAUUUGUAUAUGAGAAUUGCUCCAGAACUUUAUCACAAGAUGUUGGUUGUUGGUGGUAUAGACAGAGUUUAUGAAAUUGGUAGACAAUUCCGAAAUGAAGGCAUUGACAUGACGCAUAAUCCUGAAUUUACGACAUGUGAAUUUUAUAUGGCUUAUGCUGACUAUUAUGAUCUCAUGUCUAUUACAGAAAAUAUGAUUUCUGGAAUGGUAAAAGCUAUUCAUGGUAGUUAUAAAUUACUGUAUCAUCCAAAUGGACCUGAUGGUGAAGUAGUAGAAAUAGAUUUUACACCACCAUUUAAACGGAUAUCCAUGAUGAAAACUUUAGAGGAAAUUUUGGAAGUAAAAUUACCUGAUGCUGAUAAACUUGAUACAUUGGAAGCUAAUACAAUGCUUAAUGAUCUUUGUGUAAAACAUGAUAUUGAGUGUCCUCCACCAAGAACAACUGCCAGGUUAUUAGAUAAACUCGUUGGGGAAUUUAUAGAAAAAAGAUGCAUAAACCCUACUUACAUAUUAGAUCAUCCACAAGUAAUGUCUCCGUUAGCUAAAUGGCAUCGUUCAGAUGCAGGUCUUACAGAACGAUUUGAGUUAUUUAUUAUGAAAAAAGAAAUCUGUAAUGCAUAUACAGAAUUAAAUGAUCCCCUAGUGCAAAGAGAAAGAUUUGAACAACAAGCAAAAGAUAAAGCAGCAGGAGAUGAUGAAGCACAAAUGGUAGAUGAAAAUUUCUGUACUUCCUUAGAAUAUGGAUUACCCCCAACUGCAGGUUGGGGAAUGGGUAUAGAUCGACUAUGCAUGUUUUUGACGGAUUCAAAUAAUAUUAAGGAGGUAUUACUGUUUCCAGCCAUGAAACCAGAUGAAACAAACAUAAAAAAUAAAUCAAUGUUUGAAGAUUCGUCUAAUGACAACAUUAAAGAGUCUUGUGAAAAAUAAUGAAAAACUUUUAUCUUUUAUACUAAUCCACAGAAGAUUUAAUGAAAUAUUACAAUUAUUAUACAAACUAAAUAAAUUAAUGUCAUAAAGAAUAAUAAUCAUGCUUCUUGUAUAUUAUUUAUUUCACAUGGAAACGUUGAUACAUGGAAAUGUUGAUACGUAGAUUGAUACUUACAAUAUUGGUAUAUCGUAACUUAUUCCUCUGACUUUAAUAUGUUCAUGGUAUUUCAUAUUAUUUAUAUAAUAUAUGCAUUUUAUGAUGUAAACAGAGAGGGGGAGAAUAUCUAAUAUUUAGACUACAAGAUAUAUUAAUAAUUGGUAGUUCGUUCGUAUUGUCACUGAUCAAUACAUUAAUCUAUAUACAAAAAAGUGUGAGUAAAUAAAUUAAAUAUAGGUAAGCAAGAAAUAACCAGCAACGUCUAUCUUGCUGAUUAAAAUAUUAAAGUAUUAAAAUAUUAGAAUGUUAUUACAUAAUAUAGAGAGUACUAAAUGUUUAUUUUAUGACAUUGUUGAUAUGUACUGUGGAUUUAGAUGAUAUUUUUACAGCAUCGUAAUUGUUCUUUAAUAAAUUACUACAGUUCUUUGA